GCGGUGGAUUUGAAGUCAGGAAUGAUCGUGGGGACGGAGACCAUGCUCUGGGGGAACGAGUCGUCAUGGAAGCUGGAGACGCAGUUUCUCGAGAAACUGCUACAUCGGUUGAAGGACGAGAAUAACCUCAUAAUCGCAGAGGUUGUGCAUGAUGAUUGUGGCACGGUUGACGUCAUAUUGCGGCGAAUGAACAUUAACUCACAAAAGUGUAUGUGGCAUAAGGCAAAGACUUUUGUCAAACGCUUGCGAGAGGCUGUGCGAGGCACGAAGACUGUCAAACCAGCUGCAGUCGGGGCUUGCGAGCAUGUGCACGAGGUGAAGUGUUUCACAAAGAAGGAGCUCGAACUUUGGCUCGAAUCGAAAUGUGUAAACGUGGCAGGGGUGUCCACGAGAAAAAAGGAUGAACUCGUUGAGAUUGUUUGGGGCGUGCUCUUCCCUGACGAAGCAGGGAAAGCAUUGCCAGAUGAUGUCGUCGAGAUCGACGCGUUGCAAACACUUCAUUGCAAUGCGGCGGAGGAGGCAAAGGAGUGGUUGUACGGCGCUUGCAGGCUACGCGAGCGUGCAAAGGAUGACGAUGGCGAUGUGUUGGUCACGCAUGUGCAACACCUCGCCGAUCAUUGGGCCGGGGAUCACUCCUGUUGCGAUAAGGAGUUGUCCAACCUGUGCAAAGCGGCUGGGGGUCCGGACAGGGAUCCAUUGUACGAGGGGGGGAGGCGUGUUCAUUUCGCUGUCGCGCGCUGUCUUCAACAGUUCGCUUCGAAUACGAAGAUGGCGUACUACACACGUGCGACGAUGACCUUCAAUAACGAGUGCUUCCACUCUAUGAUCAACAAGUACGCAAUGAAACGCUUGAACUUCCCCAAGUCGUAUGAGGCGCGCGUGUGUUGCACCACUUUGGAGUGAAACAAAAACAAACGAAUCAG